ACUGAGCAUGCGCACUGCAUCGAUGCUAUGAGGACGGGAGGACAUCACAGGGUUGAACGUAGAGGCAGCGAAGCAGCGCAUUUUUUUUACACGCCGAGAUUUGGUUUCAGCGCUGCGGCAAAAAAAAAAAAAAAAAAUACAACACACAAAAAAAUAAUAAUAACCCACCCGACGCCACCGACGAAUAUGCCCGGUGCGGCGUUAACGUGCCGGACGUCUACCUGACAGGCCUGGCCGAGGUCUGAGCCGUUACCCGUGGGGAGACAUUUAUUUCUUCAUAUGGGAGAAGCAUGCGGGAAAUGGUCGGAGGCUGCUGCGUGUGUUCAGACGAGCGAGGCUGGGCUGAGAACCCGCUGGUGUACUGUGAUGGACACGGCUGCAGCGUCGCCGUUCACCAAGCGUGCUACGGCAUCGUCCAGGUUCCCACCGGCCCGUGGUUCUGCAGGAAGUGCGAGUCGCAGGAACGAGCGGCGCGAGUACCUCAGAGAUGCGAGCUGUGUCCCCACAAGGAUGGCGCCCUCAAACGGACGGACAGUGGCGGCUGGGCCCACGUUGUGUGCGCGCUCUACAUCCCCGAGGUGCAGUUUGCCAACGUCCUCACCAUGGAGCCCAUCAUCCUGCAGUAUGUCCCUCAUGAGCGAUACGUGAAGACGUGUUACAUCUGCGAGGACCACGGGAGGGAGAGCAAAGCGGCCUGUGGAGCCUGCAUGACCUGCAACAGGCAGGGCUGCAGACAAGCUUUCCACGUUACCUGCGCUCAGAUGGCAGGGCUGCUGUGUGAGGAAGAGGGCCCCGAAGCCGACAACGUCAAAUACUGUGGUUACUGCAAGCACCACUACAACAAAAUGCAGAAGAAGUUGCGCUCCAGUGAAAAUACAAGUAGCUCCUUCAGUCAUUCCAGGGGGCGCUCCAGUUCUCCACCACAGGAAAAACAUCACCACCAUAAACAGAGGAAGAGUCAUAAAGACAAGAUUCGUCAAAAAGAACGACACAAGAAGUCUGGAGAAAGUCUGAGCUCCUCCAUAACAACAAGCGGUAUAGAAAAGAUCUCCUCCACACACCACAGCAGCAAGGACGGUGAAGGAAAGUCCAAGAAGCUGAGCUCCCACAGUCACGGCCACCGCAGCAAGAAGACGGGAAGCCUGGGAAAAAGCUGCUCCUCCUCCUCGUGCUCCUCCAGCCCGUUCAACACAGGCGGAUCCCUGUCAGCCACUCAGGAUUUCCAUCAGUUCUCAUCUUCCUCCCGCCUGGAACGCGAGCACGACCGCGGAGGCGAUGACCACAAUGGAGAGAAGCGCAAAGAGCGCCACAGGAGGGCCGCAGUACAGGAGGAGGAGGAGGAAGAAGAGGAGGAGGAAGAGGAAAAAGAUGACAAAGAUGCAGAGGAGGAGGAGGAAGAAGAAGAAGAGGAGGAAGAAGAAGACUGUAAAUACCAAAAGCCGCCCGCGUUGACCCCGGCUGACUGUCCCCUGGCCGGGUCUCAAAGUCACGAGCGGACGGAGAGCAACUCGAGCCCCUUCGAGAACAAAGUCACCAUCUCCACCUUCGGCUCCAUCAUGCGCAUCACCUCCUCCUCCGGCCUGGGCAGCACCUGCAAAAUCCGCAAGAUCUCGUCCUCCAGCGACUACAAGCCCUCCAAAUCCCUCUCCAAGCCGCCUCAGGCCGGCGCGCCUCCCGCCGCGGAGGACGGCGGCCUGAAAGACAAGGUCCCGCCCCCGCCGCCGCCCCGAGAGAGGAGGCACCACAGCAACAAGAAGAGCCGGCACGGGCCGGGGCGCCCGCGGGGGAGCAAGAACCGGGAGCGGAGGGAGGAGGACCACCACCACCACCACCACGACUCCACAGCGCCGCCUCCCCCAGCCCCGAGCUCCUCGCUCUACCAGAGCCCGUCGUCCGUGCCCCACCCUACUUUCCCCGCCACGCUACCUCCCACCUCUUCCUCCUCCUCCUCCUCUGUCGCCUCCUCUUCCUCCUCUGCGAGGAGUUUUUCUGCAGGCCGCAGCAGCUCUUUGCUCGGCUCUGGUAUCUACUCCAGUCUCAAGGACCCGCUCACGCUGGGCAGCGGAGUGUGCAGCACCCCUCUUUCCCUCGGCGGAGGAGUGUGCAGCACCUCCUCGUCCCUGGGAGGGGCAAUGUGUAGCACCCCUCUCUCCUCAGGACUCCUUUCAUCCCACAGCUCCUCGCUCUCUCUUCCGUCAGUCAGUGCCGUCUCAAGCACACAGGUCCAUUCUGGAUCCAGCACCUCCUACAGUCUGAACUCCUCCCAGCCUUUCGCCAGCUGUCUCUCCACAUCCUCCACGCUGCCGCAACUACUGAGCCAAGGCCAGACCUCACUGCCAGAGUCCGACAUUGAUGACUGCCGCUUCCAGUGUCAGGGAAACUCGCCGAGAGAGAGUCUUUCCUCGCAGUCUCCCAUGAGCUGUCUUCCUCUUCUGUUUGACCAGAGAGACGGGCUCGGCUCUGGACUCAGAGCCCGCCCUGAGAACGUUCCUCCUGCAAGCUCCCACAUCGAGUUCCUGUUGGAGAAACAUGGAAACGGAGAGAUGGGAGUCAACAUUGUGGAGAUGUUAAAGUCGCUGCACUCGCUGCAGCAGGAGAACCAGCGCCUCCAGGACCAGAUCCUCAGCCUGACCGCUAAAAGGGAGCGGCUGCAGCUGCUCAACACGGAGCUGGCCGUUCCCUUCCAGCCCCACAUCUACUCCGGCCCGGGCCUGCACUCGUCCGCUCAGCUCAGCUUCCUGUCGUCCUCUCAAGACCACCUGAGCAACAAUAAAAGCUGCUUCCUGAACGACACCUCCUUCGUUACCUCGUCAGAGGAGCUUCACUCCGGCAGCCCGUCCCGCAGCAGCUCGUCGCUCUCCUUCCAGGGUACCCCGCCUCCUCAGCCGAGCCCCGCCUCCUUCGGCCAGCCCCUGCUGAACGGUCUGGGUCGAGGUCCGACCGACGGUCUGGGAGGCGUCGGCCAGUCCGGCGGCUCGGCUCUGCCUGCGGUGGGCGGGCUCAUGGCGUCCAUGGCGGGGAGCCCGCAGCUGAACGUGAACGGCGUGCUCGGCGGUCUGAACGGCGUCAUCCAGUCGCCCGCGCAGAGCGCUCAGCAGCCGGCGCUCCCGGCCCUGCGCCCCCAGCCGCCGCCGCUCAACCCCCAGACGCUGGCGCAGGGGUUCCAGCUUCCCAAGAACGUGAGCCCGUCGUCUCUUCUGUCUGAGCAGCAGAAGCAGCUUCUUCUAGAACAGCAGCAGCAGCAGCUCCAGCAGUUCCUCGCCUCACAGAACUUCACACCGGAGCAGCAGGCGGUGGUGUGCCAGAUGCUGCAUCAGCAGCGACAGAGGGAGCUGCAGCGCCUCACGCUGACGGGAGCGCUGAACUCAACCCCCAACUCGCCCCUGAUCUCCCAGUCGCCCAACCUGCUGUCCUCAGCGACGGCGUCCCCGCUGCAGGGCGCUGCAGGGGGCGGUCUCUUCGGGCUGCAGGACAACCUGCUCCACAAACCCGGGACAGCGGGAGAGAAGACGGGAGACAAGAACGGCUGACGUUUUGUCCCUCCUCGCUUCCUGUCCAGUUCGGAUGACGACAUCCUGCCUGAAUCGCCGAUUUCUGGGAAGAUCUGGACUCCCAAGACUCUCCCUCCUCUGUCGUCUUCAUCUGGCAAACUUAUAUGAAUGUAAAACGUGACAUUAAGGUGAAGUUUUGUGGUUUUUGAAGCUCUUAGUAUCAGAGGUCCCUUUUUUUAUGGUUUUAUUUUCUUGAUUUUAGGCAGCUUUCAGAGAGCAUGAAAACAGUGGUCUCUUCUUUAAAUUGCACUAAUUUGUUAGCUCGACCAAUGGGGGGGCUGCUUAUGAAGCUCGCUGCUGCAGGAGCUGGGUGGGCUUCUUAUUUCGGAGUUCGAUCUAAAGCUCAAGAUUUUUCGCUCUGACUUCUGGAGCGCUGAGAUCUCGGCGUUUUCCCAGUCAGUCCGCGGGGGGGGAAACAAAAAAAAACAAAAAACAGACUUCUGACACUCCUAGCAACCUCGGCUGUCUUCCUCGAGACGUUUCGUCUUCCCGUUUGCGUUCACCCAGUUUCCUCCACACCCUCUGAACGUUUCAGCCUCCCGCUGGCACUGAUUAAGUAUAAGAUGUAGUCACGUCGGUCGUGUCGUUUCCUCGUUGAGCUAGUUAUUACCUCAAGCGUUCUGCCGGCUGUCCUCCGUUGUUUUAUUUUGUGCAGAGUCAUUACCGCAGCAGCCUUCAGUGGAUAGGAACGGCCACCCUAUUUAAAAAAAUAAAAAAAUACGGUGGCGUUUGCUCGUUUUAAUGUAAAAAAUAAAUAAAUAAAUAAACUAAAAAGCAGCCUGCCGCGGACAGUGAGCGGCGUCGGCUUUUAUUCCUUCCCACCAUUGGAGUUCCUACCGUCUUUUUAAGUCCUAGUUGCUGGCGAGAUUAAGCAGACGAAACCAAACAUUGGGAAAGGGAAUCAUCGGUGUUCCUGAACAAGUGUGCACUUUGCAUGUGUCGACGUCCACAGAGUCCCUACUAAAGUAGGCCGCUAGGAACUGAAGAGGUUUAUGACUUGUGAGUAUUUUUGCACUCUUGUCCUGAAGUUCUUUGUGUUACCUUCCCACAUGGAUAACUCUUAACUAGCUCUUCUUUUAGCAAUACUGGAUAGAUAAUGCCUUAAUAAAGGGGUAGAUUUGCAGGGAGAGCCAGCAGCCCUCAGGCUUGCUCUGUCUCUGUCUUUGAUAGGUUUUUUUUUUAUUAUUAUCUCGGGCACAUGGAGGGUUUUUUUUUUGUUUGUUUGUUUGUCUUUAAAUGAGCUUCUUAAACUCGUUUAUACUUUUUGAUAGCUGACUGACGAUGAUUUCAACAGCUGAAACGUGUGUAUAACCGUACGGUAAAUGGUCAAAUCAUUUUCUAUUGUGACUUUUGUGUUCAGAUCCAGAGCUCUUUAGUUUAUUGUCGUGCUUCAGAUGACUGAGAAACAAUGAUUUGUAGCACAUGUUGCAGUCAUAGGAAAGAGUUGAACUCUUGAUAUAGCAGUGUUUGAUGCGUAAUGUGACUGUUAUCGGCACUGAGACGACAGUGAAACCCCGACGUAGAGGCUGACCUUCUCCCUCCACUCUGAUUCUUCACCCGUAGCCUGUUUUUACUUCGGUUUUACCAACAGAUCUCGCUCCCUAGCCCAUAUCGCUCUCUUCGGUUUCUCAACGGUGCGCCUUCUGUUCGCAGGUCUCCCAGACCUACGAGGUUUGCUUUGUUUCACAGGUUUGUGAGAACAGUGCCUUGGAAAAAAAUAUUCAUUCCUCUUGAACUUUUUUUCAGGUUAUCUGAAGUUUCAUCUAGAGACGUUUGAUUUGGAUUUGUUGGUAGGGCAACACAAAGUAGUGCAUCAGUGUGAAGUAGAAGGAGGUAACGAAUGAUUUGAAAAGACCGGUGUGCCUUUGUAUUCAGCCCCUCUGAGUCAUUACAUUUCGCUCCAGUUAAAUCUACGGGUCUGCUAAUGGUUCAGUCUCGACAGACAUUUCUGCUCCGUCCAGAAGGCCAGAUUUGUCAAGUGCACGAAUAAGAGUUGUCCUACCUGAGCUGUGACUCUGCAGCAGCUCCUCCAGAGUCACCACUAGCCUCUUGGCUGCUUCUCUGGCUCAUUUUCUCCUCGCCACACCUGGAUGUUUACGAGGUUAUCCGUGUCUUGGUAGUGUGCCAAAGUCGUUGCGUGCUCAGAUGAGGCAUUGCACAGAGUUCGUUCUUGGUUCCCUGGUCUCUUUGUUCUCUGUUGUUCUCUGACAAAUCCUCUGAGGCCUUCACUUGCACUGCAUUUAUACUGAGAUUCAUUCACACACAUCUGCACUCUGCUCACUAAGUAGUUGCUUAGGAUUUAAUUAAGGAUGUCAGGGUAACUGGGAGCGAACACAAUUGCAUGCCACACUUUUCAGAUUUUUUACUUAUUUUUAUUUUAUUUUUUUUGUCAAACAAAAUAUAAAAAACUAUGGGUCGUCUUCUCUCCUCUUCACAAUCAUGUGCAGCUUUGUGUUGGCCGGCAACAUUAAGGUCAAGAUAAAACACGUAGAGGUUUUGUGGUUGUGAGACGACGAAAGGUGACGAAGUUUAAGGGUCUGAAUGCUUUUGCCAGGCACUGUGUGCAGUUGUAGCAGCGACAGAAGGCGACUGUUGGUCACGUCGCGUUGGCGCGACUGCAAGAUGGAGGUCUGUCAUUAAAUAGGAUCUUCCUCUCAGUCAAAGAAAAAGCUGGUUCACAGAGUGGAGCAAAGGUUUUCCUGAAGCGGUUUCUUUGUCAUGUUGCACUGGGGCCCUUCGAGCCCAAAUGUAAAUCGUUUUUUUUUAUGACAUUUUUUUAUUAUUAUUAUUUUAACGUUGGUUAAAAUACGACUUGUAAACUUUAAUAUGUUUGUGGGAAAACACAUUCACUCCUUUUUAAGCUUUGAGGCUUGGGUAGCCAACAUAUUCCAUGUUAUGAAUGUCGUACUGUGUAUCUUUUUAUGUAUUGCAACAUUUAAGCACCUGGCUCUAAAUGAGACUUCCGCUAUUAGGAAAUGGAUUGCAUGAAAUGCAGAGACGUCUCUCAAAUGUAUAGCUAAAUACCAAGUUAUAACUAUGCAUCAAUUAAAAUGCAUUGUUCCCUGAAUAAUACAAAAAAAAGCUAAAUGAAAUGAGCUCAGAAUUAUAAGUAAAGCACGUUGUUGUCGUUGUACAGUGAAUUUGUUUGACAAAACCCAUAGGAACAAUUUGACGAUUAUUCAGAUUUCAAAGCCCUGUAAAGUAUUUUGAUAUUUUUGUGUGUAAAAUUUAAAAGACAACUUUUCUUGUCAAUAAAUGUAUUUUACUGAGUUGUUUCA